AAUGGGCUCUCCAUGUCAAAAACAAACAUUGUGUAAAUUUUUCCGUGGUGCGUUCGAAAAUGAUCUCGUGAGUUAUUUCGUGGAUUUUGAGCGUGAAGAAAAGUCCUGAACAUCCUGUGAGACAAUGAAAUUCAAAGUGGACACUGCAGACUUUAUGCGUCGUAUGAGGAGACUCCACGACACAAACUACAACUUUACGUAUCGCCGGCUGUUCUUCCUCCUUCUCGCUGUGGCAGUGAUCCUGCUGUAUUUGGGUCCCACGAUUUUCCGAUGGCUUUUUGGGGCACCGGAGAUCCCGAAGGAUCCCCUGCUGCACUGCAUGGAUGACCGGUUGACGCCCUUCUACGUGCCGUCGAUGGAAUUCAAUGCAAACAUCCGACACAGCCCACCCUUUCCGCACGAACGCAAUAUCAUUCCCUACGUGGGCAAUGGGUAUUUUGGCCUGGAGAUCCAGGAGGAUGCGCAUCUCAAUAUCAAAACUGGGCGGAGUCUCUCGCUGCCCGUGUACUUUCAUCCCAUUGUGUCGCUAUCAUCGAAAAAUGGUAUCAAUCAGGAAGCAACUGCUGUGGACUACCUCAGUGGCACUGUCCAUCGUUUCCAGUGCUUCGAGGAUGGAUACUUUGUCACGUACAAGUACUACGCUCACCGGACAAUGCCUCACGUGUUUGUGCAGGAAAUCCAGGUGACCAAUACGAAGAAUCAGCUGAUUGAUGUUGAGCUUGUACUUCCGCGAAUAUCCGAUUGGCCAACAGCUGUCUCGCAGAUUCAACGCCUCCAGCAUGGCUCGAAUAUCAUUGAGUAUCAAGCUGUGACGGGUCUUGUGGAGCUCAGCGAUAGUCGGGGGCAAGCUGUAACAGUAUCCGUUGUCUCGCGUUUCAUUCCCCGAACGCUGACACUGAAGAAACGUGGAAUAACGAAGCUGGAGCUUCUUUCCACAGUCGUGUACUCCGAUCCCAUUUCCCUGGAUAUGUACCUGAAGGCACAGGUGAAGGAUAAAACGGAGAAGGCAGCUAUUGAGGCAAUGGAUAGAGCCCUUCAGGAGGCAGUUCACAAUUCCGGAGCCAACUACAAUGAAUUCCACUGGCGACACGUACGUGCGUGGAAUAGUCUCUGGGCUACGGGCUUCGAGAUAAGUACCAGCAAAGCUGAAAAUUCCCUCAAUGGAGAUCGAAUCAAUGCCACAAUGUACGCCGUUCUGUCGCAGGCGCGAUCUUUUGAAUUUGAAGAGAACGUUAGCGCACAACGCAGAUCAGAGAUCUCCAAUCUUCUGGCCACUGAAGCUGAGGGAUGCUUCGACAGUCAUCACACACUGCAAGCUGAAACUCUGUGGAGUGAUAUGUCAACACUGGAGGAACUCAACACCGUCACGAGUUCGUGGAUGUUGACGCUGGAGAAGCAGGGAUGCCAUGAUCUCAUCCGUGCGGGUGCCAGUGGACUCAUUCAGGCCAUGGUGUUGAGUUUCGGUGGCUUCCGCUUCAGCAAUCAGCAUCUGGAGAUGAAUAUUCAUCCAAAAUACCUCCAUCGGGAGUACAACUUCCGGCGUCUCAACUACGGCAACAUGACGCACGUCAAUGUUUCCGUUUCCGUGAAGGAUGACAACAAAGCCGUCCUCUACGUGGCCCUAGAUCGUUCUGAUAGGAACUACUAUGCCUGCGAUGCUGGCUGCCUCGAUGAUCCGGUGCCACUGAGUCAGGCACGACGACGCUUUCCGGUGAAGCUGACAGAACCCAUCACAGCCAUUCUGUACAUAACAUCCGACCGGCAGCACAUUGAGGAACUCCAUCAUGCCAUCCAUGUGAAGGAAGUUGCCGAAGCACCAGCGCAUGAGCACCACGUAAUUGCCCUCCACAAGCACGGCCAUCAUCUGGCGGGGCUGCCGAAAAUCUUCUGGAUCAGCGUUUGCGUCCUCAUUGUCGUCUUCCACAUUUUCCUGUGCAAGUUGAUCGUGAAGGAGUACUGUGAGCCACCUGAUAAGAUGCGCUACCGCUACAGUAAACCCUAAAGCCCUCAAGGGGGGUGUGUGCAGUGCAGUUGAGUGAUAUAAAAGAGAGUUAGAGCCAGAGAAGACUUUCUUUUUGUUUGUCUCUCUGCCUCUACCUUUGCACCCUAAUCGAGAGACUUUUUAUCAGUAAUAUUUCAUUUAAUAAUAAUUCCUCUUCUCUGGAUGCUUAUACAUUAUUUAUGGCGGGGAAUUCAAAGAGGAAGUGAAACCACAGCGAUCGCAAAAUGCUGCAAUAAUAAUUUAUUUUAAAUAAAAAUAAAAACAAAUAACAAUCAUUCGGAAUUUCGGGAGUUUCCACAAAACUUCUUCUUUCAGCCUGAUAAAAUGAGAUUCAUUUUUGAUAAGAAAGCUUUAUCGUGCAAUCAGAUAAAAAAGCUCAUUACCUUUCAUGCGAACUGUUAAAGUUUUUUGUAUUAUAUAUUUUAAGCAAAGAAAUCAUGAUAAAGACGUUGAUGAGAUUCCUCCAAAUAUUAAAAGAAAUCAACACAUUCUUCACGUUUGGUCGUGCUGUGAAAGAACUAAGCAGAGUUUUAAUAAAGAAGAGAAAAGAUCGUGUUUUCUUGAGAAAUAAAAAGAAAUUUAAUUAA